AUGUUUGCCAAGUCAUCCAAAGUAAGUGGUAAUGUGCUGCUAAAGAAUAAGGACGCGAAAAAGCUUCGUCGUGACGUAUCCGAGUGUUUUCACGCAACAAUUAAUAGCUCAGAUGAUCCACAACUCAAGCAUUUAUUUGUCUCGAAGGUACCUGUCAAGAAGAUCAGUUUCCAGGCACCAUCUCGUGUCAUAGUAUAUGCUAUAGACAACGACCCGAUUGUAUUCGAUAUGACAGGUAAAGGCGACUUGUGCUUUACUGUGUACGCGUUGUGGACAGAGCCAGGUCUUUUGCCUGCACUGACGGUCCAUGCACCUGUGAGUGAAUUCGUACUGCGUGGAGCGGACGUGAUGCUGCCGGGUGUCGUGUUUUCGUGUUUGGACGAGCUCCAGACGCUGCAAAAAGGAGAAUUGAGAGCCGUUUAUGUCCAAGGAAAUCCAUGUGCUAUUGGUGUUGGAGAGAUACUGAUGGAUGCAGCUGAAGUGGAACGUUGUGGCUUGAAGGGAAAAGCUCUGAAGCUUUGGCAUGUGGUGGGAGAUUCAUUGUGGCAAAUGGGGUCACAAACGUUUCCAAAUGAGGGAUUUCUGGGCGAUCGGGUGGUCCCGAUUGUAAGAGAUGAAAAAGAAGACGUGAAGGAUCUUGGCGUGACUUUGGAAGGUGUUACACUGGAAGAAGAGACGAAGAAAGAAAAUGAAGAGAUGAAGGAGGUGACUAAGGAGCAGAUGGAUAGCUAUUAUGUUGCGGCGUUGCUGCAAGCACUAAGGACGUCGCAGAUUCGUGAAAAGGAGUUACCGAUGCUGGCAAGCUUGUUCCAUGCAAAAGUACUGUUGCCAUGUCGUCGUGCUGGUGUAACGCUGAACAUUAAACACAGCUCGUUUAAGAAGCUGUCUGUAUUUUUAAAAGGUAUGGAAGCGCAUGGAUUGUUGGAAGUGGUCGAUAAUGAUGGCGUGCAGUCAAUUACCGCAAUUUACAGACGUCACCGAGAUGUGCUGUCGCACGAGGCGUAUCAGACCGUUGAAGAAGCGCAGCAGGAAGAGCAGGCCGCUGCCGAGAAAUCGGCAGGACUUCCUGCUUUUGCUCCUGGCCAGUAUGCACCUGAAGUGGAGGAGAGUGUCGGUCUGUCGCCUGCGUUCAAAACGCUGCUUUUACCAGAUGCUUCUACUGGUCAACUGCUGCAAAAGUACUGGUCCGUUGCAAUGAUUCGCGACUUGUUGACUCAGUAUAUUGAAAGUCAAGGACUGGUAGACGCUGGAAACAAAAAGUUUUUGCGACUAAACGCCCCUCUUACUGACGCUCUUUACGGCAAAAAGGUGCCUGUUGGUGGGUACCCCGAGCGCCUCACUCGACCGGACGUCUUGAACCUUUUGUUGUCCAAGUGCACCAACUACCAUCGAAUCAAGCUUUUCUUGACGCAUGCACCAAAGUUUCGUGGUGGUGCUUUACGUCCAAUUGCGAUUCGUGCAGAGCAGUUAAAGCGCCGAAACAACACGACGAUCACAUACAUUGCGUUUUAUCAGCAGUUUGGCAUCGACGGUGCCGCGUUUUGCAAAGAGGCGCAAAAGAAGUGGGGCUGUAGAGCUGCACUGCAGAUAUCCGAGGACAAAAGCAAGGGCGAAGAAAUUCAAAUCCAUGGUCAAAUGGUAAACGAGGUGUUGGAAUACUUGGACACCAAGUACCGCAUCAACGCUAAGUACUGCAACGUGACAUACGGCAAGAACGUCAAAGCGAAGAAGAAAAAGUAA